CUACCAUGAUUUCGUUCGAUUUUUUGAAAUGGAUGACUGUCUUGGGGGGCUUUAUGUCCUACUUUCUGGCUGAUGGAUGUACAUAUUCGGCUGGAAUUCUAUUUUUUGAAUUCAAGGAGGUUUUUCAAGCUAGUUCAACGGCCACAUCAGUUCUCCCAGCGCUGAUAUACGCUCUACCGCAAUUUAUGUCGCCAUUUCUAUGUCCUCUUACUGACAUUAUUGGAUUUUCCACUGCAGCUGCGUGGGGAGCAGUUUUCUUAUGCCUUAGCUUUAUCAUUACUUCCUACGCUCGGCAAAUCGGUAUUGCGUACUUUACCUAUGGAGUUUUGAUGUCACUUGGACUGCAGUUAACUUAUACGUCUGCGUUUAUGACUGUUGUUUCAACCUUCAAGGACAGCAGGUGGUAA